GGGAGCAACAUACCAACUAUGUCACGUAAUUGCUAAUUAUAGAGCAUAAACUUGUUAGUCCAAGAUGGAUAGCAUUAGCGGUGGGCCCACUAUAAAUGUGUAUCCUUCCCUCCACUUGUCUCACCUUCACAUACAAAUUACUCCUUCAAUUUACACGUUACUCCUAUUUCCUCAGCAUUCAAUCCACCAACAAAUACAGCUAGCAAAGAUCAAUUCAAUUCACUUCCUCCAAAUCAAAGUAUUCUCAUGGCGACUGGAGCUGCCGGCGACGGCCUCUUCCGGAGCCUGCUGGAAGGCUGCAUUACGGCGGCGGACACGGGGAUCCAGCGCCGCCCCUACCACCGCAACUGCGGCUGCGCUCUCCACAACUCCGCCGGCCACUGCCCGCACCGCUCGAGGUACGACAAGAUCUCCUACCCGAUCCGCCGCUCCUGGAGCGAAGGAUCGCUCGCGCUGAUCGGCCAAUCCUCGCUGUCUCCGUCCUCCUCCCCGGCGGAGAUGCCGAGGACGCCGUCUCAGUCGGCGUUGUGCAGAUCGGCGGAGGAUGAUGAGGGAUAUUUUGGAGGCCGAAAGCAGGAGUAUGAAGAUGGCGCACGCCACUCCGCCUCUCACUUCCCCUGCGACACAUCACACCUUAUUUUCUUCUUAGUCAUGGCAAAUUACUUAUAUUCAAAACACUAUACAUAUUCAAUUCAUUUGCUGUUCUAGAUUAAAAUGUCCGUUUUUGUAAUAUUUUUUUGCUUGUGAUCGUAAGAUUGCAAUGCAUGAUUGAUCAUGGUUAGAUAUAAGUUCGAAAAGAUCUGAAA